CCCGGAAACUGCGCAUGCGCUCGGUGGACGACAUGCUGGGGAGAAUCAGCAGCAGGAGAUGAAGACGUCUCUGGGCGCGAUCCACUGGAACUGGGAUGCUGAGAACACACCAGCAUUUAUUGAUCUGUUCAGUCUGCGGGAAGUGGUUCAUCCAAGCUGAUGAUACGUCAGGAAACCCAGAGCAGUGAAGGGUCGAUCACUUGCUGUUUGUGUAGGAAGGGAUUCACUCACUCAGCCGACCCGCAGAGACACCAGUGGGCUGUCAGGGGAGAGAGACUGUUCAAUUGUUCCGUGUGAGGGAACAGAUUCACUCGGUGACCUGAUCUGACACACGAGUGAGUUCUCCCUGCAGAGAGGCUGUUCACCUGCUCAGGCUGUGGGAAGGGAUUCACCCCAACUACAGAGACACCAGUGAGUACACACAAGAGAGGGGCAAUUCACCAACUCAGACUGUGGAAUCGCUCAGUCAUCCCACCUGUAGACAUAACUGUCAAUUCACACCGGGGAGAUGAUGUUCUCCUGCUCAGAAUGUGGGAAGGGAUUCACUCACUCAUCUGACCUGUUGGCUCACCAGUUAGUUCACACGGGGGAGAGGCCGUUCACCUGCUCAGACUGUGGGAAGGGGUUCAGUCGGUUAUCUAAUUUAUUGGUGCACCAACGAAUUCACACUGGGGAGAGGCCGUUCACCUGUUCACUCUGUGGGAAGGGGUUCAGUCAGUUAUCUAAUUUACUGGUGCACCAGCGAGUUCACACUGGGGAAAGGCCAUUCACCUGCUCUGAAUGUGGGAAGGGGUUCAGUCAGUUAUCUAAUUUAUUGGUGCACCAACGAAUUCACACUGGGGAGAGGCCGUUCACCUGCUCGGACUGCGGGAAGAGGUUCAGUCGAUCGUCAGACCUGAAGCAACACCAGCAAGUUCACACCGGGGAGAGGCCGUUCACCUGCAAAGACUGUGGGAAGGGAUUCAGUCGGUUAUCUAAUUUGCUGGCGCACCAGCACGUUCACACUGCAGAGAGGCCAUUCACCUGCUCGGACUGUGGGAAGGGCUUCAGUCACUCGACCUACCUGAAGCGACACCAGCGAAUUCACACGGGGGAGAGGCCCUUCACCUGCUCUGAAUGUGGGAAGGGGUUCAGUCAGUUAUCUAAUUUACUGGCGCACCAGCGUGUUCACACCGGGCAGAGGCCAUUCACCUGCUCAGAAUGUGGGAAGGGAUUCAGUCACUCAUCUUACUUGAAGAAACACCAGCGAGUUCACACUGGGGAGAGGCCGUUUACCUGCUCAGACUGCGGGAAAGGGUUCAGUCAGUCAUCUCAACUGAAGAUACACCAACGAGUUCACACGGGGGAGAGGCCGUUUACCUGCUCAGACUGCGGGAAGGGGUUCACUCGAUCAUCUGACCUAUUGGCACACUUGAGGGUUCACACAGGGGAGAGGCCGUUCACCUGCUCAGACUGCGGGAAGGGGUUCAGUCAGUUAUCUAAUUUACUGGCGCACCAGCACGUUCACACUGGGCAGAGGCCAUUCACUUGCUUGGACUGUGGGAAGGGCUUCAGUCACUCAGCCCACCUGAAGCGACACCAGCGAAUUCACACUGGGGAGAGGCCGUUCACCUGCUCACAUUGUGGAAAGGGAUUCUCUCAGUCGUGCAACCUUGUGUCGCACUACCAAGUUCACACUGGGGAGCGGCCGUUCACCUGCUCUGAAUGUGGGAAGGGAUUCUGCAACUCAUCUUACCUAAAGAAACACCAGCGAGUUCACACUGGGGAGAAACCUUUCACCUGCUCACAUUGUGGGAAGGGAUUCACUCAGUUAUCUAACUUGUUGGCACACCAGCGAGUUCACACUGGGGAGAAACCAUUCACCUGCUCAGAGUGUGGGAAGGGGUUCAAUCAUUCAGCCAGCCUCCAGAAGCACUAUGGAGUUCACAAUGGGGGAAAAGUUUAAUAAGCUGCCUGGCGGAUAUUAAACCAGCACAGUUGCUGAAUCCAUUGGCAAGUUCACAAAUGACUGUUGUUGUCAAACUCCACAAAUACUGCUGUUCGUCAACCCAGGUCUGCAUCCUGGUCACUGGGGAUGGGAGGAGUUUCUGCAAUGUUCACAUUUAAUGGGACUGGAGUUUCUGUGAUAAAUAAAUCUGUUCAAUUUUAAA